UUAAGCAUCUCGUUAGGUUUUCUCUUUGCUCAUAUGUGUUUCCCUAGGUCUGACCCAGCUCAGCAACCUGCUCCCGGGGCCCCCGAAGGGGGAGCUCCUGGUGGGGCCCCCGCUGGGGCACCCCCCAAUCAGAGCAGUAACCGUCGACUGCAGCAGACGCAGGCCCAGGUGAAGGAGGUUGUUGAUAUAAUGUGUGUAAAUGUAGACAAGGUGCUGGAACGAGAUGAGAAACUGUCAGAGCUAGAUGACCGGGCAGAUGCACUUCAGGCUGGUGCCUCACAAUUUGAAAGUAGUGCAGCAAAACUCAAAAGGAAGUACUGGUGGAAGAACUGCAAGAUGAUGAUCAUGAUGGGAGUGAUUGGUGCCAUUGUGGUGGUGGUGAUUGCAAUCUACUUAUUUACUUGAAUGCACCUCCUUCAGUCUGCAACCUACUGUCCUGUCACCUUGCCUGUCUCUUCUUAUCCCUGAACCUUUCCUUCCCUUCCACCUAGCUUCUUCAUUGAUUUCUUUAUUGGUUUUAAUUAGUCUUCUCUAUAUGACUCUGAAGCACUCUACUGAACAUGGUUAGCCUUAAACAGCUGCUGCAGCUUUAGAGUUUAGAGGAAAGAGAAGUAAAGGAGGAGCAGGUAGCUAUUGCUCCUGCUCUUCUGUAGGGAAUUUCUUUGGUUUAUUUUUGGCUGUUUGUCAACUAGUGCCUGUGUGGAUUCUAGCAAAAUAAGAAUGCCUUAAUGCAGUGCCUUUAGGGAUGAAGGACUUCAGCAUGUGAGAUUCUUUAGUGUUCUGCCUAAAAAGAAUGGCAGCAUGACUUAAGCUUUUCAUCAAGCUUCUGAAAUAAAGGCUAGUUUGCAUUGGCCAGUACUGAGCCAUCUGACCAGGCUCUACAGUGAUCUAAAUUUCUCUAGUCAUGGACAGAUGAGCAUGAGAGAUUCUGCCUGUCCUUAUUUUCAGAUGACUUGCUGUAUGAAUAUGGCCAUUUCAGUUAUGAUAAAGGAGAGCCUACAUGAUUACCUCAGUCAAGUGCAACUGACUGCACACAGUGAAGUAAGGAGAGGUUUUUUACUGUCUAGAAGGCAGGUAUGGGAGUAAAAUCUCCUGCCAGAAGGAGCAAAAGAACAAUGGUAAGGAGUCUAGUGCAGGGUGGAAAAUAUUCCUUUUAUCUAUGCAGACACAAGCCAGGAUGCUGUGGCUUUCUACUAGCUUGUAGCUUUCUAGGAGACUUUGGGGUAGUGGCAGAAUAGGAAUGGGUAUUCUGCUUUUGUUACUGGUUGAAUGUCAAAGGAAAUCCACUCUGUAGCAGAUGGGGCUGAAAGAGCCUGGAGGUAUUCCAGAUGACCCUGAAUGAGCCACACAGCAUUCUGAUUAAGAAUACCUGUUCCAUUUCUGCUGCCACAAAGCCCUAACUUCCAGCAGGAGUUAGAAAAUCCUUGGAAUGGUUAGCUAGGGAUUUGGAGGGAAAUGCUGCUCUGGGCAUAGAUAUUGCAAAGUGACAAUGGAUGUCCCAUUUUGUAGGCUUAGAUCUCUAUAGAGAUCUUGACUAUCAAACUGAAAUCCUCCUACUUCCUAUGGGCUCUCUUUAAUUUACAUCCAGGGUGGUCUCUGCUGGAAAUAAACUUGCAGCACGGAAUGCUGUGGCUUUCUGUAAGCAAGCCCCUUGUUCUCCUCCAUCACAAUUAACAAGAGUUGUGAAUUGCUUGAAUGUGCCCUGUUCCUCAGUUUCUGCAGUCUUCUGAGGAAUGUGCAUCUUUUCUUUACAAGCUGAGCUGCAGCUUAUAAUUAGACUGGAAAGAGGGCACUUCUUUAAUUUAGGAAGCUCUACUUUGGGUGUGUCUAGGCUUAAGGGAAUGUGAGAGGAGAAUAAGAGGAGAAUAUCAAUGGAGUUCCCAGAUAGGAGUGAAGUGCAAAAGAUGGGAGGAGCAGAUGCUUUUUGUUUCAUUGGGUGUGCCAGGGAGGCCACUUUCCUCCUCACAGGGCAUCUGGGAAGGGGCGAGGUUUUGCAUGCUUACUUCCAUGGCCCAGCAUUUCAUUUGCAUCGAGUUCAUCUCCCUGCAAUUCCAUCCCUCUCCACCUUGAGUGAGGGCAGAGAUGAAGAUGUGGAAUGAAGCAGCCCUUGUCCCCUGAGCACUUCCCUAAUUCCCUGUGGAACUGAGAUGUGAUGGAUGGUCAGAAGUGCGUCUACUGAAGAGGAGCCAGGGCCUGCUUGCGCUGCUUACUGCUGUCAUUUUAGGGGGUGGGCAUACAAGCUUGAGGACCCCAGAUGAGAAAUUUUCUUGAACUCUUCUAAACAAGCCUUUGGUGCCUCAUACCUCCUGUUCCUCUGGGGGGGCUGAGGUCCCCAUAGGCUGUCUCUUCCGUUUCUUUCUCUUAGAUGUUGUAUGUUGCCUUCUCUUCUGCUCCCUUUCCUUUCCUUUGUGUCUUUGUGCAUGGGGGUAAAAAGAUCACCAAGGCCCUCUGAGUAAAAUCAAGGGACUCUGCUGUCCGUAGCAUUACAGCCACUCAUGCACGUGCAGUUUUAUUUCCUUCCUCUAGAAAAACAACUGUGAUUUCCUCUGGCAUGUUGUAGUUAUCAGCUCAUGUACUUUAAAUGGUCUCUAAAAUACACAGUUCACCACCUUA